AUGGACUCUACUCCAAGUGCAAGUGGUAAUGCUAUUGUUAGCGUACCAAGUGACCCCAAUCAACCUCAAGUAAGGAAUGAACAAGAAGAAGAAGUAACUGAUAGUGCUAUAGCUGCUACUGAUUCUGUAGUUGCAGCAGAUUCUGCAGCUGCACCAGAUUCUGCAGCUGCUGGUGAUAGUGAAAAUUCAGUCAUAGAAAAAAAAAGGCGAAAAACACCAACUGUUUGGAAUGAGUUUCAUGAAGUUACUCUCCCCAAUGGUCAACGAAAAGCAGUUUGCAAUUAUUGCAAAGCUAAAUUUGCUACGGGUGGGUGUGGAGCUAGCACUAGCCACUUGAGGAGGCAUUCAGAAAGUUGCUUGAGAAGGAAAAUAGACCAAUCACGACUAAAGCAGUCAACAAUAUCAUUUCAACCUACAAGUUCUGCCUUGAACCCUUUCCUUACGCCAGGAGGUAAGUAUUCUAAUCUAAAGAUGAGAGAAAUUAUUGCUACUGCUAUCAUGGUACAUAAGUAUCCUUUUAGCAUUGUAAAGGACACUGUUUGGAUGUGGGCUUUUAAGUUUGCAAAUCCUGAUUUUGAGAAAGUUUCACGUCAAACAAUAAAAAGUGAUUGCAUGGCAAUAUAUCAGGCAGAAAAGAAGUGUCUUAAGGCUGAAUUAAUGAAUGUGAAUAGGAGUAGUAUAACCACUGAUAUGUGGAGAUCUAAUCACCAAGUUGCUGAGUAUAUGGUCAUCACUGGCCAUUAUAUUGAUUCAGAAUGGAAAUUACAAAAAAGAGUGUUAAGUUUUAUCAAAGUGCCACCUCCAAGACGUGGGGUUGAUGUUGCUGAUGCAAUAUUCAAAUGUCUGGAAUCAUGGGUGUUGGACGUUUAG